GGUAGGCUGUUUUAACACAAAUUCCAACUAAAACCCUAAAGCCCUUCCGUCUACUACAUCAUCUCUCCUCUCGAUCACCAGCGGCUGCUAAUUCUCAAGGGACUCUCUUCCGACUGUAUCUUCCGUAUUGUUCAGGGAUGGAGCACUUGGCCGCGAUGGAAGAACGCCUUGUAACCGAUAGGUUGAGAAGAAAACUCGAAGAUGUGAAUGUAGCUGCGAAGAACUUGCUGGAUCCUGUUCAAGAUCACGUCAACUUCAAUCUCCAACAAGCGUACUUCAAGUGCGCGUACGAAUGCUUUGACCGGCGGCGACGGCAGGAGGAGAUAAACAACUGCGUUGAGCACUGUAGCAUUCCGGUAGUUAAUGCCAACAAUCUGGUGGAGACAGAAAUGGCCAAAUUCCAGGAAAGGUUGAACCGGUCUUUGAUGGUCUGUCAAGACAAGUUUGAGGCGGCGAAGUUCCAAAAACUCAAAACAGAUGCUGCAAAUGACUUGGAGUCCUGCGUAAAUCAGGCAGUUGAUGACAACUUAGUAUCCCUCCCCCAUGUGGUCGAUCAUAUCAAGUCUUCUUUCUCCAUAAACUGAAGAUUUUGUUCUUGUUUUCAGGGUUUGGCCCUUGUAAGUUGGGACCUGCUAUUAAAAAAAAAUGAUCAGGAACUAUUUAGACGGAUGAGUUUACAGGAAGCAUGCCAGAAGAGUCUACAUGUUUGUGUUGCUUGAUCUUUCAUUCAACUGUUCAUGUAGCAGGCCAAUUUUUUAUGACAUACGGAUAAUUCUUACGGUUCACCUUUAGUUGCCAAAACUUCUUGAAGCUGGUUCUUCA